AUGAAGAAAAAUAUAGCUAACAAAAAACGGCAAGAAGAAAAAGAAAAACGUCGAAGAGAAGAAAAAGAAGAUGAAAAGAAACGUCGUCAGGAAGACAGAGAAGUCUUAUAUCAAAAAAGACGCCUCAAAAAUGAUAUAAGAGAAAGUGAAGAGACAAAAGAGGAUAUUAAAAGAGAAAUCGAAGAAUCAAAUAAGGUACGAAAAGAGAAAUCGAAGAGAUAA